AUGCCAGGCACUGCAGCAUCACAGGCUUGUCAAAGAUGUCGUCGAGCGAGCGAGCCGCUCGAGCGAGAGCGAACAGGCGCGAACUCUCAACUACAAGUACACGACAAUGAACCAGAUCGAGGGCCGAGCGCGGAAAUUGUCUGCUUCGAGGGAUGCUGCCCGUCUCAAGAUGUUAAACCUCAGGAGACUGGCGUCGCGGAUGUGCAGAAAGCUUCAGGAGUACAAGAAGGUCAUGAUAUUCCUCGGCGAAAACGACAUCCCAGACGAAGAGGAGGAAGAAGUAGAAGAGGAAGAAAGGCGGGCAGGGGGGGUGGAAGGCCAAAGCAAGAAGCGACCGGCUCGCAGAAAACGUAGCGAGAUACCGCGCGAGAACUCGGAAGUAGGGGUCCGCGUGAGUAAGCGGGGUAGAGUGAUCAAGAAAAACGUAACCCUACAAGACCAAGGCUACUCGUAGAUUUGCAUGACUAUGUUCUCUGUUGUGCAGUGCUAGAUGCGGCAAUGGCAAGUUUGCAAGGCAGGUGGUUCGAUGUAUGGUUCUUGGCUGAGCUGUUCCGCUCAUUUCGAGUUUUGGUCGAUACUGUAUACUUUCGUAGAUACGAGACUAUCGUACGUGUGUGUGUUCCUCUAGCACGGCUGGGUGAGCAUGGGCGACCAUCGAUGACGAGCAGAUGCGGAAGGGGUAACGACA